UCCAGUCGUCGAUGUGACACUUGAACGCAUAGGUAACCCCACUCCGUGGUGGGGUCUCUCCCUCUCUCUCUCCUUUUCUUUCUUUCUCUCCCCCUCGGUCGAGAAUCGGUGGAAUGAUGAACCCUUUUCUCUUUGGCAGCUAAUCUUCCCAAAGGCGGUCGUACACGGCGCUUUGCGUGAGAAGUUGACUCUGGAGUUCGCCAAGCUUCCGUGCCGGGAAGAGGAGGAGGGGAAGCUAACGAACCAGGGCAGGGCCCCAGCCUCCUCUCAGCUGCAAGAUCAGGGCGGUGUACGUGGUUCCUCCUGCUCGCCACUUCAUCUUCACAACAACCCUGUGAGGUUCCGGUCGUUGGAUCACUUCUGCCUGGAAAGCUGAGCUGACCUUUCCUCAGAACCCAUGAACGUCUGCGACAGGGCACCAUAAUGACGGAGGAAGCUUGCAGGACGAGGAGUCAGAAGCGAGCGCUGGAACGGGAGAGCACCCAGAACGACGUGGACUGCAAAAAGAUGAAGCUGGAGAAAGGGCUCUUGGGAGCCCCCGAGGCCAACGCCGACGGGGGAGACUUUAAGAUAAAGGCUGACCCCGGAUCCGCGAGAGUGCAGGGGUUGUUAAAAGGCGGGGAGAUGAAAGCCACGAUCAAAGUGGAGGUGCAGACGGGGGACGAGCCGGUGGACAUGAGCACCUCGAAAAGUGAUGUGAAGCGCGAGAGGAGAGUCCCUUCGCCCGACGUAAUAGUGCUUUCGGACAACGAGCCGCCGAGUCCCAGAAUGAACGGCUUAACGAAAAUAGCGUUGAACGAGACCAGCGCGGAGGCGCUGAUGAAAAGUAGCCCCGAGGAACGGGAACGAAUGAUCAAACAGCUGAAAGAAGAGCUUCGGUUAGAAGAAGCCAAACUCGUGCUGUUGAAAAAGCUACGACAAAGUCAGAUCCAGAAGGAGACGACGGCUCAAAAGCCCGUUGGCUCGUCUGGAAAUGCUGUGGCAACUCCUCCCCCAUUGGUACGGGGAACACAGAACAUGGCAUCCAGCAAGUCAGCCCUUCUGCAGACGACUUCCUCACGAAUUCCCGGGACGGUUAUCCCUCCCCCGUUGAUCCGCGGUGGGCAGCAGGCCUCUUCAAAACUGGGCUCCCAGCAAAACACACAGAUCGUCAUGCCCCCUCUGGUCAGAGGAGCGCAGCCCAUUUCUGUGUCUCCCCAGCAAAUCCACAACAUCCGUCAGCACUCCAGCUCAGGGCCACCCCCGCUGCUCCUGGCUCCGCGGGCCUCCGUCCCCAGCGUGCAAAUGCAGGGCCAGCGGAUCAUUCAGCAGGGACUCAUCCGGGUCGCCAACGUCCCCAAUGCCAGCCUCCUGGUCAACAUCCCACAGGCCUCCCCGACUUCGCUCAAAGGCACGGCGGUGACGUCAGCCCAGGUGAACGCCGCCACCACCACCAGCGUGGCCUCCAUCGUCAACUCCGGCGACUCGCCCGCCAGCCGCCAAGCGGCUGCCAAGCUGGCCCUGCGGAAGCAGCUGGAGAAGACCCUACUGGAGAUCCCGCCCCCCAAGCCGCCGGCUCCCGAAAUGAACUUCCUGCCCAGCGCGGCCAACAACGAGUUCAUCUACCUGGUGGGCUUGGAAGAGGUGGUGCAGAACCUGCUAGAAGCUCAAGGCAAAGCCUCGACCGCCCCCUCCUCUCAGGAGCCCUACAUGUGCGUCCAGUGCAAGACGGACUUCACCUGCCGCUGGAGGGAGGAGAAGGGCGGCUCCAUCAUGUGCGAGACCUGCAUGUCCUCCAACCAGAAGAAGGCACUCAAGGCCGAGCACACCAGCCGGCUGAAAGCCGCCUUCGUCAAGGCCCUGCAGCAGGAGCAAGAGAUCGAGCAGCGGAUACUGCAGCAGGCCGCCUCCCCGGUGCAGGCCAAGCCGGAGCACAUAGUCCAGCAGCAUCAUUCUCUCAAGCAGGCCUCCAACCAGCUGCCCCGAAACGUCGGCACCCCCCGCGGUGUCCUGCAUGCAUUUAGCCCGUCGGCCAAGUUGCAGAACGCCUCUGGUGUGGCCGUACUUGGUGGCAGGCAAGGUAAGCGUGCUCAGAGACCCACCGGCAAAGGAGGUGCUUACUCUUGGAAGAAGACGUUCGUCAAUACAGGUGGGGCGCUGAACUUCGUCAACCCUAGUCUCACCGUGCACAAAACGACCUCCUCAGCCGUCGACCGCCAGCGCGAGUACCUCCUGGACAUGAUCCCUCCGCGAUCCAUCCCUCAGUCGGCAACGUGGAAAUAGCGCAGUAACCUCUGCCUUGAGUGGAAGACUUCUACCUUUUGAUUUCAUCUUUUUUGGGGGGGGUUCCCCCUCCUUUUCCCCCUCUUCAUUCUGCCAUCCUGACCUCUGCCCCGCAACCCCUCGACCUCUGAAUCCCCGCCGUAGCAGAAAACCUGCUUUUGACCCUCGCUGGAUCUACCCUCAGGAUUGGCAGGGGAGGCCCGACCGGGGCCACAAACGCUUCCUGCAGGGUGGGACGGACACUCGGAAGGGUGGUAAUGAAAUGUUAGGCUUACCAAAAUCUCGCGACCUCCUUUUCGUUUUUUUUGGGGGGGGGGCGUUGUUUUUGUUUUCCCGCUGACGGCAAAGCCUGUCUUGGAGAGAGGAGAAUCUCGUUUAUUAUUAUUAAUAUUAUUAUUAUUUUUUCCUUCGUGUAUUUUGUCUCUUUAGUUUUGGGGGUUAUGAUUUAUGAUCCGCACUAGUACGGAACGAGGAAACGGCGCAAGACGUGAGUUCUCGGAUGCUUUUGGUCUCCCCCUUUUUCCCGCCUUACAUUGAUUUUUAUUUUUUUUUAAAAGGUAACGUUUAGAUUAAUUUCUCUCCUGCCCCCCUGCUCUGGUUUUCGCCCGACCGUCGUUAGCGAUCAAGGGUGUACUUCUCCCCAUUCGCAGGAAGCUGAACUGGGACUCCCAGAAAACUAGUGGAAGAAUUCGACACUUAUGGACUGUUUCCCUUCGCCUCUUUUUUCCCUCGUUUUCUUCCUACCCCCCCAUCCCCCAGCCACAGUCCCCAAAGGAGACACUAUUAUAAAGCGCAACGGUGGGGUGUGGUGACUUGGGUUUCGGGUUUUUCCCCCUUUUUUUUUUUUUUUUAGAAAAGAAAAUCCAAUAAUAACUUAUAUUAUGAACAAAUGCAAAACGGACUCACCACCGCCGGAGGAGAUGGAGCAGCCGAACAUGGGGGCGUACAUCUUUUUUUUUUAAUAAAUAAAUAAAUGAGUGAAUAAAUAGGAUGUUUUGCCCUGGACAUUCGACAGCCGAAACUUUUACAGAACAGUUUAUACGAAACAGCUCUGUUGAAUAUCCGUCAUCUGGGUAGAAUGGACUGUUGGGAUUGGAUUUUGGGUUUUGUCCUGCGCUCCCAAAGAUGGUUUGAAAAAGGGGGAGCAGAGAGAAGCCGAAUUACUUCCUUUUAAAAGUAUGAUCGGGGUUCCUCCCCCCCGUCCCAUCCCCUUCCUUUCGGUUGCUCUCUUUUUUUUUUCCUUUGAAAAAGUUUUUAUUGGGCUGUCUAGGAACAGUGUGCAAUUUAGAAACGUGGAGCGGAAGGGACCAGACAAGUGAAAGAAGUUUGUGUUAUUAAAAAAAAACAAAAAAAAAUUAAUAAAACAACACCACGAGACAAAGUUCGCUUGUCUCUAUGGCUACCACUUUGGCAGGGUGGGUGGGGGAAGAAACGGCCUUCACACUUGUGAACAACCCAAGAUCUGCUCGGGAGCUUUUACAAGCACAACAUGGUCAGAGAAAGCCUCGGUCGCCAAUCCGUAGUUCCCUCUCACUUCCCCGUUCUCAAUGACCCGGUUCACACUUAACAGCAAUUCCUGGGUUGUUUCACCCAGGAAGUGCUGUGGCCGAGAGGGAACGAGCCAAUGUGUGGCCUCCUUUGCCUGGAACGCCCCGACAUCCAAACGCACGGACCUUGGGUUGUUUGGGAGUUAAGCAAGGCAAACUUAACCCAGCAAUAAAACCGUGGGCGCUCAUUGGGUUAACUCUGGGUUGUUUAACCAUUAAGCAACCCAGAGUUCCUGGGUUCGGACAUCAUGUUAACACCCAGGAAUGGGGAGUUCCUGGGUUGUUGAUUGAAAACGGAAGGUGGCGGACAUGCUCGGCUGUAGCAAAUCCUGGGUUACCGUUACGUGCGAACCGGGUCUGUUUGAACCAAGGGGGGUUCAAAAUGCGCUGUUCUCCUAGUAGCACCUUGGCGAAUUUUUGCUUUAAAUUACACCCCACCACCACCCCAAAAAGAAGAAGAAGAAACUAAUUCCAGCAGCAACAGAUCUACAAAUCUCUCCUUUCAUCCAGUGUUGUUAAUUUUUUUGUUGUUGCUGUUUGCUCUCGGGGCGGAAGGACGGACUUUUAAAAUCACUAUUCUUAACACAUUGCUACUAGAUCUAGUGCUGAUAAGAGGGGUUGAUUGCAAAAAAAAAAAGUUAUAUAAAUUUAUACAUAUAUCUAUAUAUAAAGCGGAGCAGGUGGGAUUUAUCCUGAACAGUUGAUCCUUUCUCGGAGUGGGGUUGGGGUUUGGUAUUUUGUUAGCUGCAAGUAAGAUACUUAAUUUAAAAAGAAAAUACAAACCAUUGCUGUACUGAGGCAGGGAUCCCUCUUCAUUUAUGACUGUUGCGUUGUAAUAAAAAGCUCCUUCUAA